AUGUCGCGCGCGCAGGUCUCGCUCGCGCCCGCGCGCGUCGCCGAUCGGCGCCGCGUCGGGCGCACUCGCGCCGCCCGACGCGCCGUCGCCGUCCGCGCGUCGACGGUGGAACGCGACGUCGUCAUCGUCGGCGCGGGCGUCAGUGGUUUGUCCACCGCGUUCACGCUGGCGAAGAAGACGAUGCCGAACGCGAGCGUGAUGGUGACCGAAGCCAGAGAUCGCGUCGGUGGGAACAUUACGAGUAAGAGCGAUGGCACGUACACGUGGGAGGAGGGGCCGAACUCGUACCAACCUGGGGAUGCGAUCCUCACGCUGGCGUGCGACGCCGGCAUGCGGGACGACAUCUUAUUGGCCGAUCCCGCGAGCAAUCGAUACGUGCUGUGGGAUGGGAAAUUGAGAAUUUUGCCGCACAGCAUCGAGAGUGCGGUUUUGGGGGAUUUCUUGACGUGGCCGGGGAAGAUUCGAGCCGGUUUGGGGGCGAUCGGAAUCAGGCCGCCGGCGCCGGGUAAGGAGGAGAGUGUGAAGGAAUUCGUGAGCAGAAAUCUCGGCACGGAGGCGUUCGAGCGAUUGAUCGAACCAUUUUGCUCGGGGGUGUACGCUGGGGAUCCCGCGAGCUUGAGCUCGGUCGCGGCGACGGGGCGAGUGCAGCGACUUGAACCGCUGGGGGGGUCGCUCGUGGUGGGCGCGCUCAAGGCGCAGGCGGAGGCGGCGAAGGCGAAGAAGGAGAGCGGGUUCAAGCGCGAUCCUCGACUUCCGGAAGUGAAGGGUCAAACCGUAGGUUCGUUCCGAGGUGGUUUGAAGACAUUUCCAGAGGGAUUAGCGAAACAACUCGGCGACGACGUCGUCAAGUGCAACUGGAAGCUCGUCAAUGUCAACAAGGCUGCCGAGGGCGGGUACACGUGCGAGUACGAUACCCCGGAGGGGCGACGAACGGUUAUCGCCAAGUGCUUGUUGCUCACCGCUCCGGCGUACGUCACCGCUGAGAUCGUCAAGGACAUGGCUCCGGCGGCUUCGACGGCGCUCAACAAGUUUUACUACCCUCCGGUGGCGUCCGUGACGGUUUCGUACAAGAAGGACUCGUUCCGUCUUGACGGCACUUCAGCGCUUCCUGAGGGUGGUCUCACUGGUUUCGGUCAGCUCCACCCGCGCUCGCAGGGCAUCCGCACGCUCGGCACGAUUUACUCGUCCUCGCUUUUCAAGGACGACAAGCGCCAGCCGGAUGACGAGUUCAUGAUCUUGAACUACAUCGGUGGCGCCCGAGACGUCGCGAUCAAGGACUUGAGCGAAGAUGAGCUCGUUCAGCAAGUGCACGAGGACGCGCUCAAGACGAUCCUCAAGCCCGGAACGCCCCUUCCCAAGGUUGUCGGCGUCAAGCUGUGGGAGAAGGCCAUCCCGCAGUUCAACCUCGGCCAUCUCGACGUCUUGGCCGAGGCCGAGAACGCGCUCGAGGCGGCGGCGUGCGGCGAAAAGGAUGGUCUCUUUCUGGGCGGUAACUACACUGCCGGCGUCGCUCUCGGUAGAUGCGUCGAAUUUGGCGUUGAGCAAGCCGACGAGGUCGCCACGUUCCUCAAGUCGGCGAAGAAGCUAACUGCCGCGGUUUAA